UAAACAUUAAACUUAAAUUUUUAAGAAAAAAAUUAACAAAAUUCUGUCCUCACUGUGGCCUGCUCCAGACCAACUUGUUGGUACCUUGGAGCCUAAACUAGUAGCUAAUACGGCUAAAUUUAAAAUUACCGUUAUACGCAGCCCGGCAAGCUCACCGCCUCCCACACCACCUUUGGACAUAAAUUCCCUUAAUCCCUCUAAACUUAAUAUUAAUACAAACAAAAUGGUGGAAACCACCUCACCUCCUAGUGGAUUAACCAUUAAACGUUGCCCCUCUAGUCCUUUAAGUGAUCAUCAUCAUAAUCUGCAGCAGCAACAACAACAACACCUCCAACAACAGCAACAAUUGCAACAAUUACAUCAACAACAUUUACACAAUUCCAUGAGCAAUCAAAAUAAUCCUACGACCCGUCAAAGUCCUCACAGUCCUGCAACACCAAAUGCUGCUUAUCUCACAACCGCCAUGCUUUUAAAUUCCCAACAAUGUGGCUAUCUGGGACAACGUUUACAAUCGGUAUUCCAGCAGCAACAACAACAACAGCAACAACAUACCCAAUCUCAAACUCCCUCCUCGGAUGAUGGCUCACAAUCGGGUGCCACUAUAAUCGAUGAUGAUCGUAUUACUUUAAGAGAAACAGCCGUCGGUUCGGCUACUGCCACAGCCGCCGCGGCUGCCUCUAUCUUUAGCAUCGAUAGUAUUUUGGGUUCCCGUUCCGUUAAUCAUAAUAACAAUAAUAGCAUUAACAAUAAUAAUAUCAUCAAUUCGAAACGUUCCGAUUCGCCCACUUCCCCCAGUUCAAAUUCUAGUUCGGCUGCCUCAAGUCCCUUACGGCCGCAACGUGUACCAGCCAUGUUGCAACAUCCUGGUUUACAUUUGGGUCAUUUAGCUGCUGCUGCAGCUUCUGGAUUUGCUGCUUCACCUUCGGAUUUUUUAGGUAAGUUUUGGUUUUUCAACGGGUAA